AUGAGAGAAGCAGUCGCACCUGAGGAAAUAUUAAGCGUGUACACAAAAUGUGUGAAUUUUGCCGCUGAAAAGCAUCGAAAUCAACGGCGCCUGGAUGCUGCUGAAACGCCGUACAUCAAUCAUCCGAUCGGGGUUGCAUACAUUCUUACUGAGGCAGGAAUAACCGAUCUAGAAGUACUGCAAGCUGCUAUCCUGCACGAUACGGUCGAAGAUACGGACACCACGUUGGAGGAAAUCGAAUCCUUGUUUGGUGCUAACGUGCGUUCGAUUGUGCAGGAAGUAACGGAUGAUAAAUCGCUACCGAAACAGGAGCGUAAACGGUUGCAGAUAGAACGUGCCGCUGGCAAAACUCAUCAGGCAAAAUUAGUAAAACUUGCUGAUAAAAUUUAUAAUCUACGCGAUCUUCAACGAUCGAAACCCAAGAACUGGACUGACGGUCGAUGUCGGGAAUAUUUUUGCUGGGCAAAAAAAGUAUGCGACAAUCUGAAGGGAACGAACGCAGCUUUGGAAUCUAUAUUGGAUGAUAUAUUUCGGCAGGAGAAUGUCAAUUAAAAUACAUUGUUCUACUUAACU